UUUCCAUUAAAAAAAAGAAGAAAAAAAAAAAAAAGAAAACUAAAUAACUAAAAAGGUCCCAACAUGCAACCUGAGCAUUACUUCUCGGAGAAGUCCUCGUUCCCCGUUGCCGUCGAUGAGGACGACAAAGCCACCGAGUUCCGUCCGCUCUCGGCAGCGCGGCCACACAUGCUUACCUUCCACCUGGCAUGGCUGAACCUCUUCUCCUGCUUCUUCUCCACCUUUUCCAUUCCCCCACUCCUUCCGAUCAUCCGUGAAGACCUCAAACUCACCGCCGCGGAAAUAGGCGCCGCUGGCACCGCCUCCUUUGCGGGCUCCAUCUUCUCCCGCCUCCUCAUGGGACCCACCUGUGACCUCGUCGGCCCCCGCAUAGCCUCUGGCACGCUCUCCCUCCUCACCGCCCCAAUCAUCCUCGCUACCUCCCUGGCCUCCACACCCACCUCCUUCAUCGCCGUCCGCUUCCUCGUCGGUUUCUGCCUCGCUAAUUUUGUCUCCAGCCAGUUCUGGAUGAGCUCCAUGUUCUCCGGCAACGUCGUCGGCCUCGCCAACGGCGUUGUCGCAGGCUGGGCCAACGUCGGCUCUGGCGUGACCCAACUCGUCAUGCCCGUCGUCUACUCCCUCUUCAUCUCACUAUUCAACCUCCCUUCCUCCACCGCAUGGCGCUUAUCAUUCAUAAUCCCGGCAAUUUUCCAAGCCACCACCGGAACCUUGGUUUUGUUAUACGGUCAAGAUCUCCCUUCUAGUAACCACAACACCAAGAGAGGUACUAAUCGAAAGGAGAGUGUAUUUGUUGUUGUGGUGCGUGGGUUGUCGAAUUACAGAGGAUGGGUUCUGGGACUGCUGUAUGCGUCGUCGUUUGGGAUGGAGCUUACAAUGGACAACAUAAUAGCGGAGUAUUUCUAUGACAGGUUCGGGGUGAAUGUUCAGACGGCGGGGACCAUAGCGGCGUGUUUUGGGAUGGCGAAUGUGUUUUCGAGGCCAAUGGGUGGAGUGAUGUCUGACAGGAUGGGAAAGAGGUUCGGGAUGAGAGGGAGGCUUUGGGGGGUGUGGGCGGUUCAGACGGUGGCCGGUUUGCUGUGUGUGUUGCUAGGCCGAGUUGACUCGCUUUGGAGCUCGGUGCUUGUUAUGUGCUGCUUUUCAGUGUUUGUUCAAGCCGCUUCUGGCCUCAUCUUUGGCGUGGUUCCUUUCGUUUCCAAGAGGUUAGCUGCUAUAUUCUCGCUUCAUCAAAUUUAUUUUUUUGUUUUUCAAUUGAAUCUUUAAGUUG